GUAUAAUGUAGAAGCAUGAGAAUUAAGUAAAGUCAAAGCUUGAAUUGGAUAAAGUUUUUGUCUGGCACGCACCAAGUGCCAUUUCCUUCUCUAACUACCAUUCCCACACCAACAAGACGACCCGCAGUUGAAGAUCGCACACUUCACUUCACUUCAACAUGAGUCUUCUUCAUUCACUCCGCACUCUCCUUCUCGCUCUCGCGCUUCCUCUCUCUCUCUCUUUCUCUCUCUACAAUGCCGGAGCACCGCUCCACCGCCGCCGCGCCCUCCGCCGCCGCCGAUGGAGGAGCCACCUGGAACUUGCGCCAUGGCUCCGCCGCCGCUGUUAGGGACGACACCUGCUCCUGCUUCGCCGUCGUCUUCAGCUUUUGGUUAUUCGUAUCUAUGACAAUGAUGUUGGGGGUUUAUGGGUCCAUGACCAUCGUGCUUGGUCCAAAAUCUUCGAUUGUUUACCAACCUAACCCUUUUUUCGUGCAAUCUGUGAAGGUAGAAAACUUAGAAGAAAAACCAGGCCCAGGACCCAUUCUUUAUGGUACAUAUAAGUAUCCGCCACUUGAUGUUGUUUCCACUUGGGGAGAAACAAAUAAUGUGUCUCUUCCCUCUGGCUCACACAAGGAAUGGAAAUAUUAUCUUAAUAAAGGGUCUGCAAUAAAUAUUUCGUAUCACGUGAGCUCUAGGAGCUCUUCUGUUUUCGUUAUAAUUGCACAAGGGACCGAUAGCCUCACUCGGUGGCUGGAGGACCCAACAGAACCUAAUACAACUCUCUCAUGGAACGUGGUCCAUGGAACUGGCAUGAUUACGCAGGAAAUAUCCUGGUCGUCGAGCUAUUAUGUGGCAUUGGGUAAUUUGGAUGAGGAUGUGGAGGUGGCAUUAAACCUCAGUGUAAGGGCCUUAAUGCAUAAUACAACAAAUGCUUACUACAAAUGUGCUCUUACCAAUAAUCAGUGCAGUUUGAAUAUUUUCUUUCCCGAGGGAAGCGCAGCUGUCUUGGUUACUCCUGGUCCUCAACAGAAUGCAUCCAAUGAGUGGCAUGUCAAACUGUCCUAUGGACCAAGAUGGGUGACCUAUGUUUUUGGCAUUGGUGGAUUGACCUUGCUUGUGUUUUGGGCCUUCAACAUUUUGAACAAGCUUCAGUGUGCCCAUGAAGGUAGAGAAGGAUUUAGAUCCGAGGGUACAGAACCUCAGAGAGCCCCUUUGCUUUCUCAAAAAGAUGAUGAUCUUUCAAGUUGGGGUUCAUCAUAUGAUUCCUUGUCACAAGAUGAGGAGGAUCUUGACUUUCUUCCAGGAGGUCCCAUUGAUGGGAAGUUUUUGGGUGAUGGUGAAACCAGUAAUAAUACAAAGCGUCUUUGUGCCAUUUGCUUUGAUGCUCCAAGGGACUGCUUCUUCCUUCCAUGUGGGCACUGUGUGGCUUGUUUUGCAUGUGGAUCUAGGAUAGCCGAGGCAGCUGGUACUUGCCCUGUUUGUCGUAGGAACAUGAAGAAGGUUAGGAAGAUUUUCACUGUUUGAUCAGUGCACUGCCUAGUGUAGAGUCUAAAUGAAUAGCCACCAGAAUUAUAGAUUACUUUUUAUGUACUCAACUACGUACACAUUAUUUUCUUGCCAAUCAUUAACGAUGGUAAAGCAAAUGGUGCCUGCUGGUGAGGGUCGUAUUGGCCAUUGCAGCACUGCCUAGUGUAGGGGCUAAAUGAAUAGCCAUCAGAAUCAUAGAUUACUUUUUGUGUAUUCAACUGCACAUUAUUGUCUUGCCAAUCAUUAACAAUGAUCAAGCUAAUGGUGCCCGGCUGGUGAGGGUCGUAUUGGCCAUUGCAGCAAAAGUUGAUAAGGUAUGUGGGCAUACUUCAAAAUUCAAAUGCUUUUGCUAUCCGUUAUUCUUAGGGUGUUUCAACAGAAGGAAGAAGAUGGUA